CCCUUUUUUCUUGAGACUUUGGCAUUUCCUUUUACAGAUUAUUCUCUUUCCGGUACAUCAUGGCGCCCCCCACACCUCUCUUAGCAGUCCGGGGAUCUGACGGCACAGUGCUGCUCCGUGGACCACCAAACUGCGAGAAGAAUGCAGAUUUUCAAAGGGACCCUCGGCAAAGUAGAUAUGUUGCUUUCAGCAAGGAUGGGACAUUGUUUGCAUGGUGCAAUGGAGAGAAGGUCACUGUUGUGAAGGUUGCAGAUGGCUCACAAGUCAGGUCAUUUGACCUUCCAAAGACUGCAAUGUUGGCGUUCUCUCCGCUGAACACUGUACUGGCUACAUGGCAGGUGUAUAGCAAGACACAAGAAAACCCACAGGGAGAUGCCAACUUGCAGCUGUGGGAUUUGCAAACUGGGACCUGCCUCAAGGCUCUCUACCAUAAGAAGGUACAAGGAUGGUGUCCAAGCUGGUCAGAUGACGAGAAGAUUGCGGUCAGGAGUGUUAACAAUGAACUUCAUUUUUUUGAGAACAACGAUUUUAGCACCAUUGCCAAUAAGCUUCACUUGCAGAAGGUGUCCGAGUUUGUGCUGUCCCCAGGAAGUCAGCCUAGUAAGGUGGCUGUUUAUGUCCCUGGGAGCAAAGGUGCCCCCUCGUUUGUCCGACUAUACCAGUACCCCAACUUUGGUGGCCCGACCUGUGCUCUGGCCAACAAGAGUUUCUUUAAGGCUGACAGGGUGACCAUGCUGUGGAACAAAAAAGCCACUGCGGUUCUGGUGCAGGCCAGCAUAGAGGUGGAUAAAACAGGGGCCUCAUACUACGGAGAACAGACUUUACACUACUUGGCCACCAAUGGGGAGACUUCUGCGGUGCAGCUACAGAAGAACGGGCCCAUUUACGAUGUGGCAUGGAGCCCAAGCUCCACAGAGUUCUGCGUGGUCUAUGGCUUCAUGCCCGCCAAGGCUACUGUCUACAACCUCAAGUGCGACCCUGUCUUUGACUUCGGCACGGGCCCCCGCAAUGCCGUCUACUACAGCCCCCAGGGCCACAUCCUGGUCUUGGCCGGCUUCGGGAACCUACGGGGCCAGAUGGAGGUGUGGGAUGUCAAGAAGUGGAAGCAGGUGUCCAAGCCCCAGGCGCCGGAUUCCACCCACUUCGCCUGGUGCCCAGACGGUGAACACGUCGUCACGUCGACCUGCGCCCCCCGGCUACGUGUCAGCAACGGCUACAAGAUCUGGCACUACACUGGCACGGUUCUGUACAAGCAGGACACACCGACGGGCACAGAGCUCUGGGAGACUGUGUGGCAGCCCUUCCCAGACGGGACGUUCCCUGAGAGGCCGGUGAAGUACCAGGCAGCACCCAGCGAGCUGGGCAGCACAGAGUCCAAGCCAGCUCAGGCCUACCGCCCACCUGCCCUACGGAAUAAACCGGUCACAGCCAGCUCUAAACUACAUGAAGAGGAGCCUCCACAGAACAUGAGGCCUGGCGCCACCGGGGACAAGCAGCUGUCCAAGACUGCUCUGAAGAACCAGAAAAAACGAGAGGCAAAGAAAGCAGCCAAACAGGAGAUAAACCCAGAUGCCCUUGAGCCCCAGUCAGAUCCCUCUCCCGCCAGCAGUGCUCAGCCUGAAGUCUCCUGUGGCGACCCAGAGACUGACAAGAAGAUCAAGAACGUAAAGAAGAAACUGAAAGCUAUAGACGAGCUGAAAGCGCUGCAAGCAACUGGGAAACCCAUUCAAAAGAACCAGCUUGAAAAGAUGGAAAAGGAGGCUCAACUCAUGAAAGAGCUUGAGGAUCUUCAACUAGUAGUAUAAAAUAAAAUAUUUAAUUUGUUCAUGAAAACACAACAUCCUUGCCAUAUGAUCAAGAGCACACCCAAAGCUAUGUAUAAUGGACACCCCCUCAAUCUACACACAACACCCCAUAAUGACAAAGCAAAAACAGGUUUGACAUUUUUGUAAAUGUAUUAAAAAAAAAAACACACAUUUACAUAAGUAUUCAGACCCUUUACUCAGAUCUUUGUUGAAGCACUUUUGGCAGCGACUACAGCCUUGAGUCUUCUUGGGUAUGAUGCUACAAGCUUGGCACACCUGUAUUUUAGCAGUUUCUUCGGUUCUUCUCUGCAAAUACUCUCAAGCUCUGUCCGGUUAGAUGGGGAGCAUCUGCACAGCUAUUUUCAGGUCUCUCCAGAGAUGUUCGAUUGGGUUUAAGUCUGGGCUCUGGCUGGGCCACUCAACUCCUGCAUU